AUGGUCAGUAAUUUUUUAUUUAAAAAAAUAUUUUUUAACUUUAAGUUCUUUCGAACCAUAAUAGUUCCGCUUACCUUCGAAAGAGUUCUAGCUACCAUUUACUCUAAAAAUUAUGAACAACAAAAAUCACCCAAAAUUGGAAUAUGGGCAGUUGUUUUGACAUUAUUAAUCAGCAUAGCAAUUGGUAUAUACAUUGGAAGUGAAUUAAACAAUUCAUCAAUUCGAAAUGGAGUAAUAACUUUCCGAGGAAGUUAUUACGGUCUUUACCAUAUAAUAGACGUCUCUGUACGCUUAGUUAUUUGGAUUAUUUGUUUUGCAAUUUUUGUAUUAAUUUUGCGUUACAAUCAACGUUGUUAUGCAUUUUCCCGAUUGCCUAACAAACACAAUCUUGUACAAAGAUAUCAAUUUGCUGAAAACGUUCGGUCUUCGAAGCUUUUGUUGGCUGUUGGAAUUAUUAUUUUUGUUUGGUUAGUAGGAGAUUUUAAAAAAAUUUAUGAUCAAAGGACUAGUAACAAGAGAUUUUAUUUGUGUAAUGAGGAAAGGUUCAUCUUGAUUGCUGAGACAUAA